CAGUCCACUGUCAAAAAAAGUUUAUUGAUUUUCUUAGUGUUUAAGCUAAUGUUUCCACUGUUUGGGAAACAAAAUAAUUUAUUUUAGCAUUAACAGCCAAUUAGAUUUACUGAUUUACGUUGGAAACGUAACUCUAAUUUACACAGCGAUGUUUUAAAACUUCAAUUGGGGUGAUCCGAAUCGUUUGCAGAAACAACAUUCCAUUAACUGCUCAAUACAAUGCCCAGUACUAUCCUCUUCGCCACUAAUAAUGAAGGCCGUGUUUAUGCAUUGUCAACGGGCAGUUCGGCGUGGCGAGAAUUUUUGUAUCUCGGACUUGAGUUCAAAAAAGUGUCAGCUGUUCCUCAUUUUAUGUGGGCUAUUGGUGGCGAUCGCCAGGUGUACGUUCACGUUCACGGACUCGACAUUCCGAUUCGCGUCAAAGAGGAAUCUUAUGAGAAUGAACGAUGGUUGCCGCUGGAAGGAUUCUCCAGUCGAAUGUUACCGACAGAUAGACACAAUUUUUCCUCCAUUGACGGUUUGGUGAAUCGUAGCAUAGACAAAGUUCGAUUGCCGUCCAUGGCAUGGCAAUGGGAAGGUGAUUGGCAUUUAGAUUUGUCACUUGACGGCCAGCAAUUAGAUCAUGACGGUUGGACAUAUGCUGUUGAUUUUCCUGCGAAAUAUCAAACGGAGAAGAAAUGGAAUUCAUGCGUCAGGCGACGGAAGUGGGUGAGAUACAGGCGUUAUAGUGCUUUGAAUUCGUGGUGCGCUGUAGCUCCGUUACAUAAAGAUCCGACUGAGGAGCCAUUCAUUGACGUUGCAAUUGGUGGCUGUAACGUUCCCGGUUCAUCAGCUGGCAACUUGUUGGUCUGGGCAAUAACUGCUCACGGUAGAGUUAUGGUUCGCACCGGAGUCAAUACCAGUUCACCGGAAGGACUCCGAUGGACUGCGAUAAACACUCCAUCAGGGUGUGAAGUAUCCCAAAUAAGCGUAGGAAACACAGGACUAGUCUGGGCUGUGCUUUACAACGGCAGGGUAAUCGUUCGUUCUGGAGUAACCAAAGAAAGCAUGUCAGGAGAAAGUUGGCUUGAAGUAAAACCGCCUGGAAAUGGAUUAAAGAUCGUGCAAGUCUCUGUUGGAACUGAUUCAGUUUGGUGUGUGACUAAUGACAACCACGUUUGGUUCCGCCGUGGUGUAAAAGGUGAAACAGCCGGAAUCAGUGAAGACUCGGCAAUUGGUAGUGGAUGGGUAGAAAUGGUAGGAAACAUUUCGAUGGUCUCGGUUUCAUCGAAUGAUCAAGUCUUUGCUGUUGGCUCGGAAGACAGAGGACUUUAUUUCCGCUCGAACGUGAUGACAUCAGACCCAACAGGAAAAAAAUGGAGGCUAAUUCAAUGUCCGAUGCAGCUCAGUCGAACAUCAAGCUCUGCAUCGUUGUGUUCUCGUCGCAGCGGAUCUGACUCACCGGGUCAAAAACAUCGAAGUCUGAGCAGUCUAUACAAAGAAAAGGGACGUGUGGAAACAUCAGCAAUAAUCGAAAAUGAUGAUGAAACGUCACGUUCUGCUCCUACAGCACAGCAAAGAAAUAAAUUGGAAUUGUGGCCAAAGCCUGAGGACACUCCUACCGGCAGUUUGAAUGAAAAACCAGAUCGACGACACAAACUUAGUAUGUUGGAUGAACAAACCGCAUCCUCAGCUCCCAAUGCUGAAGUGUAUGAAGUUUGUGGUAAACAUUUCGACAGACCACUGAAAAAUCCACGAUCAUGGUCUCCAGUGAGAAGUGUUGGUUCGAUGGUUGGCACCGAGGCUCAUCCGGAAAGUGAUUCAGCUGUUUUCGAUGCCGAUUCAACUAGAGACUCCGGUGUGUUCGGAGAAGAUGACGAUCACGGAGGUUCACAAUAUUGGGCUGAAUGCGAUGUAAUUUGGACAUGUUGUUCUGCCGGUGCCGUGUUUAUCGAUACAAAUCAACUUCCGAAUUGGUUUAGUGACACUAUAGCUUCGACUUCACAAGUGGAACUCAAUCAGCCAUGGCGUGUAAAAAUACUGGAAGACUUGAAGAAGAGGCUAGCGAGCCAAGAGCUUAACUUCGAAAAUUAUGAAAAGGCAGUAGAAUUGUCGUCGUGGGUGAAAAGUGGGGAAGCUAGAGCAGCUAAAGGAUACGGACCGUUCGAAGAUUGUCUAAUCGAACUGGAAUGGGUUACGUCAUGCGGAACUGGUUUAGAUUCUGGAACGCUGACCAUUCUAAAUCCGGAUGGCGUGACGACUAAAAUGCAGUUUUCAUUGUCCGAGAUUACGUGUGUUAUGUGCUGCAGUGAAGCAGGAAAUCCUAGACUAGCAGUACAUGCACCUCGACUACCAUCUGGUUCGUCACCUUUAAAGCUACAAUUUAGCGGUGACACUGAUAUGGAAGAUUGGUUGUCUCAUCUGACUUCUGUGUGUUGCCAAAUUAAUGAAGUCCACGGUCGACCAUCACCCGAAUCUAUUUGGACGACUUCGAAUUUAGGCGAUGUGUUCGUCUAUGAUCCGAGCAAUCUGAAAGCACAGCAGCGUGAAAGUGAUAGUAGCCUAUUCAAACAGGAAAUUGAUGUUUCGGCAACAGAAACACCGUACUAUAACACUCUGUACAACGGUAUGCCAGUCGGAUCGAUCUUAGAAGUAACCGGAUGUGUGUAUGACGAUGCCGAUCAGAUACGAUUUGAUUUACAAUGUCAUCCGACUGUCACAACCGUGUUGAAACACAAAACGGAAAAGCACAGGCGAGUUUUGUGCCAUAUUAAUCCAAGAUUUAACGAGAGGGUGAUCGUUCUUAACUCGAUGGAAAAAUCCGAAUGGAUGACAGAAAUUCGGAUCGACAAGAUGGUUUUUGCACCGGGAGCUGAGUUUACACUUGUUGUCAGAUGCGAGACUGAUGUAUUUAAUAUAACUGUGAACAAUCAAGAAUUUUGUACGUUUAAACACCGUGGUGCACCGGAAGCCGUUAACGGACUGUAUGUGAGCGGCCGCGUGAAAUUAUUCAAAAUCGUCUAUAAAACACCUCAAGCCAUUGUCCCGUUGCGUGAUAUUUUCUGGCGACAAAUGGGUGGACAUUUGCGACGUGUAGAAUCGUGUCAAAGUGGUGUGACAUGGGGGAUCGGAUACGAUAACACUGCAUGGGUGUAUACUGGCGGCUGGGGUGGAGCCUUUAUGAAAGGAUUGGAACAGAGCUCGACCGGAAUUAACAGCAUGACGGAUACACAUAACUAUUACAUUUACGAGAAUCAGAGAUGGAAUCCCUUAUCUGGGUAUACAGCGCAUGGACUGCCAACCGAUAGACACAGUUGGAGUGAUGUAACUGGUAAACACAAGCGCAGCAAGGAACACACCAAAUUAUUGUCGAUUCAUUGGCAAUGGGUUUCUGAUUGGUUGGUUGACUUUCAUACGCCCGGCGGAGUCGACCGAGAUGGAUGGCAAUAUGCUGUAGAUUUCCCAGCCACUUACCAUGCGAAGAAACAGUUCACCGAUUAUGUCAGACGUCGUCGCUGGUAUCGUAAAUGCCGUUUAACUUCAAGUGGCCCAUGGCAUGAGCUCGGAAAUUCAAAAAUCAUAGACGUUUCCCUACAACCUCAAGAUUCGAAUGUUAUGGACAGUACGAUCACAGUAUGGGCUGUUGCAGCCAACGGUGAUGCACUAAUGCGCAAAGGUGUGUCACAAUCGUCACCAUUCGGAAUGUCCUGGGAACAUGUAACCAGUGACCACACACUCCUGUCAAUAUCUUGUGCAACGGACAACAAAGUAUGGGUCGUUGGUAAAAACGGUGCCGCCUAUUUUCGGUAUGGAAUCACAACCGAAAAUCCUCAGGGUGAUGCUUGGCAACAAGUUGAAUCACCUAGCGGCGUAUUGUUUAAACAGAUUUCGGCUGGUAAAAUGGGCGUAUGGGCACUGGACGCUACCGGUUCGUUGGCUGUGCGUCGUGAAAUAUCAACAACAUUCCCGGAAGGUUCACAUUGGCAGAUGUUAGCGAACGUACCCAGCGAUCCGCCACAUACUGAAGGAACGGUCGGAUUCAAAGCGAUUUCGGUUGGUGAUGAAGUAUGGGCUAUUUCGAACAGUGGAUUUGUCUGUAAACGAUGUGGCAUCACAAAAGAUCAGCCGGCCGGCACCGGAUGGAAUCUCGGUAUAAAUAAUAACUUCAAUCACAUCUCAGUAAAUGGACUAAAUUGAAACGAGUGCUUAGACUUCAGUUACUACAUUUUUAGUUUUUAUACCAAAUAUUUGCAUUGCAGCUUCACAAGGCUUAAGUAUUAUUGUUAGUUUUAUCCUUUUUUUUCGGUUAAAAGACAUUACAUCUCUGUAACAGUCAAGUGAAUGUGUUACUAGCUUUAACAUUUCUAAUAAAUUUAUUGGAAAUCUA